AUGCUGAUUACUCCCCGAAAUCACUCGGUACGUAAUCUGAUCGAUACUAUAAAAAAAACACUGAUUGUGGGAGUGCUUGCAAAGCUAGGUGCCAGCUAUCGAGCAGGCCAAACCUAUGCCACAGGGCUUGUGGGACAUGUUGCCGGCGAUGCAGCUGCGUUCCGCCGGGAACCGCCGGCAACUACGACAAGUGCCAGUGCUAUGCCACCUUGACCACCCACGGCGGCCGCCGCAAGUGCCCAUAAGUCGAAAACGGAACUAGUUUGAACGUACGAUGAUGAUGAUGAAUGUUUGUUCUCCACUUGGUAAAUAAUAGAACGGGUGUGGUCAAAGCAAUAAAGAAAAUGUUUGUAGUAGUUGCUGAUAUAUAUCUACGUCAGCAGGGGCUUUAUUUUUUUUUGUUUUUUUUUUUGUGAAAUUAUAUGAUGUAACUGUGUCUUGUUGCAAUGGAUGUUGGAGGAUUAAUGAAAAUAUACGCAUCACUGUGUCAUGUAUUACUACUUCGUCAGUCCUCGUAAAAACAUGAUUUUAAUUCUUAGAUAUUUGUUGUAGAGUUAGAACGAUUUCUUGUAAUAAUUGACUUCUUUAUGAUUGGAAUCCCACAUGAUUAUGAGUUUGAUCGAUUUCUAUGGAUAUUGAGUGAA